CUAAUAUUAUGUUAUGAUGUCACGUUGAAGGAACCGGUACAAUAAUGCUUGUAUGAAUCAUUAUCACAAUAUAGUAUUUCAACGUUACUGUACUAUUUAACAAGUCUAAAAAUUUGUUAAUUGUUUUGAAUCUAUAUAAGAAAUGGGUGAUUUCGUAGAAUUUGUAUUAGGGCCUGCGAAUAAGAAGCAAUUUGAUGAAAUCAACACGCAAACUUUAGUAUUUUAUGUGAAGGGGGAACAAAUUGCCUCAAUAGCACUAUCUGAAGAACCUGGCGAUCAACGACAAUAUAAUGUUGUCCUGGGAGAUGAUCAGUGCUCAAUUAAUGAAUAUGACGAAUGUGUCUCUACUGCGGUUAUACCAAAUAUCUUAUCUAAAAAUAAAUAUCAAAGAUACUGGAUAUCUUGGUAUGGUCAUGUAAUUAAAUUUGGACAAAACAAAGAUGGAAAACCAAUUCUAGCAAAAGAAAUUGAUAAAGAAUGCCAUCUAAACUGCAUAACAUUCUUUCACUGGGAAGGUUUAAAUGAAAAAGAUCAACUACAUUGGAAAUGUCUAUUACCUCAAGAUAUUCCAAGUAUUCAACUAAAGCAGUUUGAAGAAGGUAACGCAGAGUGGGUUAAAGCCGAAGAACAGUUGCCAGACAACGCUGUGAUUGGUGGAUUUGAAAAUGAAGUAUUGUAUAUUGUGAGGUCCAAACACCGAGGUUCAUUGACCCCUGGGAAAUUUGUACCUUCUGAAGGUAUCGGUUACAUUUCCUGGGGAGGAGAAGCACAUCCGAAAGCUGGAGAAAAUCUAGAAAUUCUUUGUGGGUACAAUUUCGUUUGGUCUAAAACCUAUGGGAACAGGAUACCGUCGGGGGCCAUAGAAGGAGGUCAUUCGGAAGUGAAUCAUGAAAGUUUAUAUGUUGGUCGUGUAGAACACGAGGGAUGUCUCAUACCAGGCAAAGUACAGCCUUCACACAAAGUCUGUUACUUCUCAUUUGACGGCCGAGAAGUACCGAGCAGGGAAUAUGAGAUCUUAUUGCGUCCCUGACCAAGAAACGUCCUUUGGAUAAAGAAAAAUCAGUGAUUUAAGACACUUUGUUAUUUGAAUCAAUAAGUGAGAACAGAAACGAAAUUUGGAGAUAUUAUUUACUUCAUAUUUUCCAUUUUAACAAUAAAAUAUUGUUUGUUUGGUGAUUGUGAUGUAGUAUUAAAAUAUGUUUUUUUUAAUAAUAUUGUGAUUGAUGGAAUGUGAUAAAGUUAUUAAUUGAAUUAGUGACUAAAUAUAUAUUAAUUUAUUAUAUUAUCUGUGGAACAACAAACAUGUGUAACAUAUAUGUAAUGGAAAUUAUAAAACUUGUUUCAUUGUCAAUAAGAUUAAUGUAAUAUUUAUUGUUUGUUAUAGUGUUAUCAUUGUAUACUCUGUUAAAUAAUUUAAAACUGUAUUUAAUUAAAGAUAUAUUUGUACUUA